AUGGCGAGGUGUUCGUGUUGACCAAAUUCCGUCAGUUCUGUGGCGGACGCUUCGGUCCAGACCAACAGAUUGAAAGAAAAGUCUAUAAUCUGGAGGUUCGUUAGCGUUGACGUCCAGUAUGCCUCCGUGAUUAAUUUGAUUGCAUCGCAGCAAUGACGAGGCUGGAUACUGCACCACUUUGUCAGCAAGCUGUAGCUUAAUGCAAUGGUGCACACACUGCGCCUUGGUGAUUCGCGCUAUUGAGAGAUAAAAAAAAACACUUAAAGCAGCAGUGAUGAUUCGCUGCAUCGGAUGUGCAUUUUCUCAUUCAACCAGUCAGUCGUGUCAAGAUCAGGCCAGAUCGAUUUCUGUCCAUCAUGGGGGCAGAAGAUGGAAGCCCUUGAAAAAUGGAACAAAGACUUCAUAGCACUGAAGCUGUUGGAUAAGAAAACAACUGCAAAACAACAUGGCAAAACAGGCAUGAUCGUUAAACGUCUCAAUUCUUUCAAAUCUCGAAAUCGUUUACACUCCCAGCCCAUCAGCCGUUCAGAAUGUGUCACAGGCUCCUGCCCCAACCUGAUCAUGAGUAGAAAUGAGCACCCGGACCCCAGGCCCCUACCAGUGGCCCUCACCCCCCAGCUUCCCCCUCGGGCUCACAGACCCCUGUGUCUGUCCGUCUCCUCCGACAGUAAUGGCCGCUUCAAAGCCCUGGAGACGCAGGAGUGGAAGAACAACCUUAAAGCUCAGAUGGAGCAGGCCCACAGCGCCGGUGCGGCCAGCAGCACGGGCUCUCUGGAGCGGGCGUCUCUCUUCUGCGCGUCGGGCUCCGCCACUACCUCCUCCAGCUCCGGCCUGUCCAGCCCCGUGGACACCCUGACCAAGAGCAAAUCCUCCAGCCGCUUCUCCCUCUUCUCCCCGCCUUGGAACAGCAGCUCCGAGUCCGACUCCAACCCGCCAUCCCGCUCCGGCUCCAAGAAGCUGCGCAACUACAACCGGCGGGCGGUGUCAGGGCUUGGGGUGGGGGUCGGGGUCGGGGUAGGCUCCAUUAGCUCCAAGGGACCUUCCUCCUCUUCCGACAGCUCCGAGGGCAAGCAUGGCAGUGGCGGUGGUGGCGGCGGCCUGGAGCACUUCCAGUACUCGGAGCCGGUCAUCUCCAAAGUGACGGACUACAUUUUCGUGGGGAACCUGAACGCGGCGUACAGCGGGCGCACGCUGUGCCGCAACAACAUCGACAGCAUCAUCGACAUGAGCAACCUGCCCGGCGAGGCCAGCCUCAGCCUCAUCCCCUGCACCUGCUCGCGCGGCACCAAGCACAGCUGGUCGCGCCUCAAGGUGGACAUCGGCGAGCUGCCCGAGAGCGCGGUGGUGCCGCCAUCGUCGUCGGAGGGCUCCGCGGCGCUAAAGCCGCGCUGCUUCGAGGACAUCAACGAGUGCAUCGACGCCUCCACGGAGAAGCGCAAGCGCGUGCUGGUGCACUGCCGCGACGGCUUCUCGCUGGCGCCCACCUGCAUCAUCCAGUACCUGAUGGUGCGCCAGAACAUGCGGCUCAUCGCCGCCUACGAGCUACUGAGGGCCAAGCACCCGCUCAACAUCAGGGAGUGUCACCAGAACGUCCUGGUGAGCUUGGAGAGGGCCUUGCGACCCGGAGGGAGCAUGGAGCCCGAAUGCUUUAAACAAGCCAUCUCGCGGAAAGUUGCCUGGACCUGACCCACUUCUCCACCCCUUCCCACGCACUCUACACUCUCCAGUCCCGGGCUUAGUCAGAUAUACAUAUUUUUCAUCUUUUUUCCCCCACUAAAUAGUAUAUUAUUCAUAUGAAAUGAUAUGUGUAGAGAAUGGAGAAGGUAGCUGUUUUUUUUGUAAUUCAGUGAAUUGGUUACUAAUGGUUGUGUAUUUGGUGGUGAGUUAAACAGAUGCUGAAUAUUUUUUUCCUCUCUUUCAGUGAUGGUGGUUUUCAGAGUUUGUGGAUUUUCGCCUAGUGUAGUUCUCAACACAGGGAACUUGAUCCCCUGGAAAACAAUAGUUCUCUUCACAGCUGCUAAAUCCUACAUUUUAGUGAAUUCUAGUCACCACGUGUAAUACUUUGCAUUUUUCAAAACGGUUAUUGGUAGUGCGAAUUCCAUGUGCAAUCUGUGCGAA